UUCCCCUUUGCGGCUCUGACCUCUGCCACCAGCCGCCGGCCUCGCCUCGCCGUCGCCGGAUUCCCUGAAGGCCAGAUUAGAGAUUGAGCUCAAAUUCCCGAACUAUAAGCAGCGCGGGACAGGGGACAGAGAUGGCUGCUGUCGGCGCGAAGGCGGUGCCGCCCACUCUGCUGUCGCUGUGCCUGCAAGCGGUCGCCGCACAUCUCACCGCCGACGCAGCAGGCGCGGGUCGAUCUGGUGGUCGCGGUGCUCAUUUCGACGGGCUCGUCCAGGAGCACGAGGAGGAGGAGGAGGAGGAGGAUGGCGGCCACCUCGCGCCGGAGCAGGUCGCGGAGGCGCUGCCUUGGGAGCUUCUCCAUCAGCUGGCGUCUUCUCUGCCGCCGUUCGCUCUCGAACUGCUCCAUCACGGCGCCCAUGCCCGAUGCUGCUCUUCCACUUCCCUUACGGAUCGAUCCGGAGAGCCGGACGGCAAUAGACGUGGGACUAAACGUUCAAGGUGUGAAGACUUCAACACUGCAUGGCAGGCAUUGUUCGAAUUUCGCUGGCCCCUCCAUGAUAACACUGGACAUGAUGACUUGGUUACUGUAGAUUGGCAGCAGCGAUACUGGGAAAAGCAUUUGCAAGAGUGCCUGGAUGAAGCUGCCGAGGCUGCGUUGCUUCCUUUAUUUCGUGGUAGUAUUGGUGAGCUAAGUAUGUCAGAUAAAAUCAUGAGUUCCGUUUACCUCAGUGACAACAUAGCCCAACAGUAUUCCAGACUGUCAUAUCAUUGGACCAUACUUGGAUCUUAUGCAAGGUGCUUGAGAUUUCAAAAUGUGCUUUGCACAGCCGAAGUUUGUGACAUGUUGCAACAUAGCAGGCUAGAAACGUUGGUGUUCGUAAGAGUCAUAUCAGAGCUUGAGGUAAAUGGUGUAUGCCUGCUUCUGAGCUGCCAUGCAAAGACACUAUUAUCUCUUGAAUUUAUCCACUGCCAGCUUUAUCCUGCAGUCAUGGAUAAAGUUUGCACUAGUCUUCGCCAGCCAGGAUCCCAAAACUACAAGAUCCAGUCCUUUAGUAUUAAAUCAUCUCGCAUUGAUGAAAGCAAGUCUCUAACCACCUCUGCUGGUCUAUUAAAUCUUCUGUCAUAUGCAAAGUCGCUGCAGUUGCUGUCAUUUAAUGAUGUUAAGAUGCAGCCAUCAUUUGCUAAGAUGAUUAUUCAUACUCUCCUUGAAUCUUCCUCUGGUUUACAAACGCUUGACUUGUCAGAAAACAAUCUUGCAGGCUGGCGUUCUACUGUAGACAGAAGUUCUACAAGUUUCUCAUCAGCACUGAAGUCAAAUACAUCCUUGAACUCCUUGACUGUUCUUAACCUAAGGGGAAACAAUUUGCAGGAGGGGGACAUGGAGUAUAUAUGCAAUAUUCUAGCAAAGAUGUCUAAUUUGAGAAGUUUAGAUAUAAGUGACAAUCCAAUCACUGAUGAGGGUAUCAGAUACCUUAUUCCUUUCUUUGAAUUAGCUCUUCAAAGGGGGAAUCCAAUUCGGAAAUUAAGAGCAGAGAACUGCGAUUUGUCCAGUAUUGGUGUGACUAAACUUCUUGAGUGCCUCACACCGAUUGAUAAACCACUUGAUAUGCUGUCUAUAGCAGAUAAUCAUCUUGGGAGUUCUGUGGCAGCUACAUUAGUAAAAUUCCUGGGUUCACAUGUAAGGGAGCUCAAUGUUGAAGACAUCGGCCUAGGACCACUAGGCUUCCAAAUACUUGAGAAAGCAUUGCCAAGGAAAGUAAAUCUCUCCCACAUCAACAUCAGUAAGAACCGCGGUGGGAUGGGUACUGCGCACUUCAUUUCCAGGCUGAUACUGCAAGCGUCAAACCUUGUAUCAGUCGAUGCAGGAUCUAACCUUUUACCUCCUGAAUCGUUGGAAGUGAUUUGUAAUGCAUUGAAGCAAACAACAUGUAACUUGACGCGAAUAGACCUGAUGGGCAACCUGCAAUUGUCAAGUGCUAUCUUCCCUGCAGUCUUUGAGUUCAAGAAGCGCGGAAAGCCAAUCCUGCUUGUUCCGUCGCAGCAAGGUAGCUGUGCUCCCUAUGAUGCCGACCCGUAACCCGUAAGUAGCACUUGCUAUACUGAGAAUUAUGAAAGGCAGCUCUUACUGUUCCUUCGCAAGCUUGGGCGAAACCUCCUAUUUGCAUGAUCAAGGGACGCAUGGUGCUUUUGCUGUAGAAGUUGGAGAAAGUGAACAGAGAGUUUCAGUUAAUAAAGCAAAUCUACUUGGGCAACCAGGAAAAAGAGGCUUAGACGUUGAUUGGGGCAAAUAUUUAUGAUCAUUCCUUCAUCAGAUCACAAGUAGAAUGAAAUCAAGCUUAAUUCGAGAACCCGACCACGAGUUGGUUUACGAUUGGGUUCCAUACCAACACAAGUUUAACCUGUUCCGUGUUGUUAAACGGGAGGACCCUGCUGGUUUUUGCAUGAAGUUCGGUCCAAGAGGAGGCGCUCAGGUGGUCCAGACUGUUGAAAACAGAAACCUCCUGAUGAAAGAAAUUCUGGCUUUGUUUGCGUUUCUACAGCCAUCUAUCUCGAGUUAGGCAGAAUAUCUUUGGUUCCUUUUUUUUGUAGUAAAAUACAGUACAAAAAUAGAUGUAAAGCCAAACAUACUCAACUGCUAGUUUCUUUUAGAGAGGAGCUGGUGCUUAGUGGGGCGUUGCCCAAUUGUGAGGGUGAGGUAGACAUUGUCUCUGGAUAAAAAUCUGGCCGAUGACUAACUUUCAGGCUUCCAAUGUGUAGACCGAUUAGUCCCAGUAGUCAUAAUUAAAUUAUUUAUUUAAUGCAA